CUUUUUUUUUCUCUUUAUUUACCGAAUCUUCUUAUCUUCUGCCUCUCUUUAUCUCUCUCUUGUGAUUGUAUUGCUCGAAAACAAACAUAAAUCUGAUCUUAACUGAAAAGAUCAACACAGAAAUAGAGAUAGAGAGAGAGAUUUCUCUACAUUCGGAUUUAGUCGCAGCGAUAGUGAUCGGAGAACCGCAGUCGGAGAGCUGUGGAAAGAAACGACGACGACGUGAGUGGAUGAUUUCAUCCUCUCAAUUACUGAGAAAGAGAGACAGAGAGGAAGAGCAGUGGUUAAGAUGAAAGGGUACGGCGCCGCCGCCGGCGUGGUCUCGACGGCAGCGCAGGCGGCGUCGAAGCGGCGGUCGAAGGGGCAAGCUGCGGCCGUCUUCGUCUUGGUCUUCUUCUCGAUGCUUGUUCCCCUCGUCUUCCUCCUCGGCCUCCACAACCGCUUCCCGUCCGGAUACCUGGCUGACGAUCGCUCCCAACAGGAAAGCAGCUUCGAAAUCUACCAUCACGUGGAUCGUGGUGAAGAGAAGAAUCCCUCCGAGGAUGAUCGGCCGUUGAUUCAUAACGUCUUAAACAAUUUUGUACCAACCUUCCAAGAGGAUACUGAAAGUGUAUCUCCCGAUAAAGAAUUGUACAAGAGAAUCAAUGACACUGUUAGUUCUCCAUCUACUUCAGAACCAAAGGAUGCCAAUUCUCAGGCUGUGUCGAAGGAUAACGUGCCCAAUUUGAAAGGUGCAACGCCCAGCCCCAGUAUUAUUAUAGGUCCACCUGUAGAAAAUAAUGGUGUUGCAAAAGAAACUUCAUCUCUGCCUAACAGAACUGAUGCGAAAUCUGGGAAUCAUGACCAUUCCAUAGGUUCAAAUGUUGGUGAGACUGAGAGAUCUUGUGAACUUGAAUUUGGGAGCUAUUGCCUCUGGUCCAAGGAACACAGAGAAGUAAUGAAAGAUUCUGUUGUGAAGAGACUCAAGGAUCAGUUGUUUGUGGCAAGAGCUUACUAUCCAAGCAUUGCAAAACUUCAGGGACAGGAAAACCUGACACGUGAACUGAAGCUGAACAUUCAGGAUCAUGAGCGUAUUCUUAGUGAAGCAGUUUCUGAUCCUGAUCUUCCACCAUACAUAGAGAGGAAGAUGCACAAGAUGGAUCAGGUUAUUGCAAAAGCCAAAUCAUGCUCUGUAGAUUGCAAUAAUGUUGACAGGAAACUAAGACAGAUACUUGAUCUGACAGAAGAUGAAGCUCAUUUUCAUAUGAAGCAAAGUGCAUACCUUUAUCAGCUUGGUGUCCAGACCAUGUCCAAAAGUUUCCAUUGCCUUUCAAUGAGACUGACAGUAGAGUAUUUCAAAUCUCCGUCGGCAGAGAUUGAGCAUUCAUUUGCUAAUAAAAUCGAUAAUCCAAGUUCUCAACACUAUGUAAUCUUUUCAAGAAAUAUACUAGCAUUAUCGGUAACAAUUAAUUCUACCGUAAUGAACUCCGAGGAAUCUGAUAACAUGGUUUUCCAUGUGCUCACUGAUAAACAGAACUUUUAUUCUAUGAAGCAUUGGUUUGCUAGAAAUUCUUACAGAAAUGCAGCAAUUCACGUCUUGAACUUUGAUGAGCUUGAUCUUAAUCAUUUUGUGGGGUUAGAUUUGGAAGCACUGUCAAUGUCUGAGGAGUUCCGUAUCUCCACUCAUACUAUUGCUCAACCAUCCUCUCUGCAGAUGAGAACUAAAUAUAUUUCAGUAUUUGGUCAUUCCCAUUUUCUUCUUUCCGAUAUAUUCAAGAAUCUAAAGAAGGUAAUCGUUUUGGAUGAUGAUGUCGUUGUCCAAAAAGAUAUAUCAUUCUUGUGGAAUCUUGAUUUGGGAGGAAAAGUAAAUGGUGCCACAGAAUUUUGUGGGGUCAAAUUGGGUCAACUGAAAUCAUAUUUGGGCACCAGUAGGUACGAUGGUAAUUCUUGUGUCUGGAUGUCUGGACUAAACAUAAUUGAUUUGGAUAAAUGGAGAGAACAUGAUAUCACUGGAAUGUACAGACGAUUUCUCCGUGAGUUGAAUCAUGAAAAUGAAGCAUCAUGGAGAACUGCAACACUUCCAGCAAGUUUACUUGUCUUUCAUGGUCAGAUAUAUUCUCUGGAUGAUACUUUGUUUCGGCAAGGACUUGGUCAUGAUUAUGGAGUCCCCGAUGAGACUGUAAAAAAUGCGGCAGUGUUGCAUUAUGAUGGCAACAUGAAGCCUUGGCUUGAUCUCGGCAUUCCAAAGUACAAGAAGUACUGGAAGAAGUACCUUACGCAAGAAGAGAGGUUCAUGGAUGAAUGCAAUGUUAAUCCAUAACAUCAGCUGUUGAGGCGUAGGACCAUAAUUGAGGCAAAGACUGGGUGACAGAAUAUUGCUUGCUUCAAAUUUCAGUUAAUUUCAGAUAUUGGAUUUCGAGACAUUGUAUCCGCAGAGUACAGCAGAGGCAUCGGGUACUUCAACCGUCGAGAGUCGUCCAUAAAAUUGGAGAAGUUUUUUUUAUAUUUCUGAUUAAUGAAUAUCCAUAGGCUGCGCGACAACGAGAGCAUUGGUUUAGUUUUUCGUUUCUCGACGAGGAGAUGGGAAAAGAGACUGGGGUGUAGGAAGAUAGUCUACAAUAGUAGUAUGUCGCAGGUAAGUUCACGUAUUAGCCGAUUGCAUCAUUCGUUUGUUAUAUAGUCUGAAGUUUGAUGGAUUGGCACCUCAAAUUGGAUCGAUGCCAUCCUUGGACCCGUGUAAAUUGAUUAUUAUUUUUUUUUUCCCUACUUUUUAUUUUCAACCCUUGUUGUUCAAUUUUCUUUUGCAAUAAGGGUAUAGUUGGUGUCUCGCGUCUGCAAUUCUUUCUUUUGAAGUGCCAAAACUUGCCUGGAAAACUUGGUUAGUCAGAAAUGAUAUUGUCUUUAGUAUUCUAUUGUUUAAUUACUAUUAUUUUUAAUGUAA